CCCGUAGUUCCCAUGGCAACGGCAGAGCCGCCGCGGCCUACCUCGAUUUGCGCGACGGGAUUUUCUCCCCGGUUCCUCGCCGGACGCCCCGCUGCACCCCAGGAGCCCCGACGCGGUAUUUCAAACCCCUGUUUGGUGCAGCGGGAUGAGGUCCCCCUCCCCUUAGGACGCCCCCCCCCCCCCCGGAAGGGAUGCAUCGGUCCAAGGAAGAUGAAGGCGCCAGAAAAGGAGCAGCUGGCAGCGCGGGGAAGAGAUCUUCUCCAGGCCAUGGAACGAGAGAGAAGAUCCAGGAGAGGAAGACCUGCUCGGCUCCUGCGGCCUCUCAGACUUCAGCCCUGAAGCCCCGGCCUCGGCCAAGCGACCGACUGAACCCCAAAACCAUCGAUCCGUUCAAUAUUCAGUCCAGAGUACCUUCCGCCUUUGCAGCCAUUUACUCUAAAGGUGGCAUCCCUUGCAGAUUAGUCCAUGGCUCCAUCAGGCACACGUUGCAAUGGGACAGUCAUCCUGCCACACUUCCGUUUGACCCUCUCCUUAUUAAUUUAGCAGAGGGGCUGAAAGAGACGAGGCACCCGUAUACCUUCAUCUCCCAGGAGGGCUUCAAGGAGAUGCUCUCGGUGGAAGGCGCUGCUCAGAAAACUCUCCCGUUGCUUCCUCGGCUCGUUCCAGUGUUAAAAGGUGCUUUGGCCCAUUCAGACGACGACGUCUUCCGGAGAGGCCUGGGGGCCUUGGUGCAGUUGAGUGCCGUGGUGGGCUUCUGGCUUAAUGGGCACCUCAAGCACCUGCUUUCCAGUCUUUCCAAGAGGCAGAUGAGCAAGAAGUUCAAAGAACAAACUAUGGAGGCUUUGCAGAAACUGGAGCAACACGGAGGGAAAGAAAGCUUGACGAUUAUAAAAGCAAAGAUUCCGACAUAUUCUUCCAUUUCCUCCUGAAGAACGCAAUGAAGAGGCUUCCCUUGCAAACUGCAUUGGUGUUACUUCUUUCUCCUAGAAGCGUAUUGUUCUGCGAAAGAAAUGAUUAGCAUUUGAAAAUUAAGACGGGUGUCAAGAGCAAAAGUGUGCUGGAUGCUUAAUUAUGAAAAAAAACACCACUUAGGAAUGGCACACCGUCUUCCUUUCAGUCCCUUUUCUGGGGACUUAACGGGUUUGCUGGUUUGUUAAAAUUAUUAUGAAACAUUAAUUUAUGUUGUUUUUUUAAAAUUGUGUACCCUUUACUUGCUAGGCUUAACCCUUAGCUAAGACCUAUGUGCCUCUUGAUUUUUAGUAAACUUAGAUGCUGCUGCACGAGGGGGGCCAAGGACCGUUUCCAUCGCUGGUUAAGUUUCCUCUCUUAAAAGGCCCUGGAAUCGCUAAAACUGGAAGGGAUUGUUUCUCAGUUAAUGUAUUUGUUGAUAGAGAUCGUUUCGUUUUUGAUAGUGUUCUUAAAGAGCCCACUAUCUUGUGGGUUCUAGAUUGGAAAAUGUACUUAGUUUGUUUUUCUCCCCCCAGUGUUGUCAAUAUGCUGAGAAUGCUUUUUAUGUCUCCAUCAAACACCAAGAUUUUCAUGAGUGUUGAAUAAAAAUGCUUAACUGCGCCACAAA